CAAAUUUUUUUUUCAUUCAACAUCGUUCGUCAACAAAAAAUGCUGUGCGAUUGAAGGCUACCCAUUUUUGUGAUGCAAUGUUGUGGGAAAUUUUGAAAAUUAUAUAAUUCAUAUAAACUUUUCGACUGGAGCCUAAGUGAAAUCUCAACAUGAAUCCUCAACAAAAAGUUUUUGACUAUAGAGAUGAAUCUCAAACUGAACGUUUUGCAAGGAAGUCAAAGGAUUCGCCGUUUAUGAUCAUAGGUAUUUUAGGAUUGAUUGGUGUCUGUGGUUAUGGAGCCUAUGCAUACAAGAGCAGAGGGAAAAUGAGCACUAGUGUAUUUCUCAUGCAGUUGCGAGUUGCAGCUCAAGGCACAGUUGUGGCUGCUCUUACUGUAGGAGUUGCAUAUUCCUUGUCCCAAAGAUUACUACAUAAAGGUGAAAAGCGAGAAUGAUCAUUAAUUUUCUAAGUAGCCAAUUCACUAAAGUAAUGUAGUUGCAAUUAGAAUUUUAUGUUAAACUAAUUGACUGGAUAACUAUGUGCUAUUUAAAUUUUAUUUCUCUUAAACUAUUCAUUUGCUAAAGUAAUUCAGUAGCAGCAAUUUUGAACCAUAAAUACCAAUUUCAGUGUUGAGGGAAACUUAACAAAAAAUAAAUUUUUCAAAUAACUGGGCAAGCCAUAUUUGAGUUUUUCAGUUAAAAGAACACAGUACAAGUUUACAGUAAAACAGUUGAUAUAAAUAUGUUUACGAUAAAAGAUACAGAAUUGUACUAGACAUUGUAACAUUUGAAUGUAGAUGUUUGUUUAAAUAUGUAGUCUAAAUAGGAUAUGCCUUCAAAAUUUGUAUCUUUGCCUUCUACAGUUUUACACACAGUUUACAAUUCUAGGGUUUUUUAGUUUAAAAAAAUAACAGAUUCAUGGGGAACAAAAUGUAAUUGUGGUUCCCCUUAUAAGGUUUAAUCUUAAAUUUUAGCACUGUCAACAUAAUAUUAUUGAAUUCACUCUUAAAAUAUUUUAACAACAACAUCGGGCAACAUCUCGACACAAAAUAUAAGAACCAUGUUGUUUCACCUGUUUUGUAUUAUUGUAAAAUCUCAAUUUAUUUUAAUCUAUUAGUAAUACUUAUCUUAAUUUAAACAAUGGAAUGCAUUGAGUAACAAUGUACUAUGUAUGCUACAAUUAUUUAUAACAGUACAUUAUUAGUUGCUACUCAAUUACUUGGAAUUGGAUUUAGCUAAUUUUAUAUAAGAUAAAUCUCCACUAUGUAGAAGUCAAAAUUCAUACAUUAUGUUUUCCAUACAACCAACAGACCAACUAAAAAAUCAAUUUAUGGUUUAUCUUAAAAGUUAUACAUACUUAUUUAACUUAACAUAUUAUUUAAGUAAUGUAUGCAUCAUAUUAAGUUUGUGUUCUGUGAUUUUAGAAGAUAUACAAUGGCAGUUGUGGUAGACUAUAAAGAAAAGUACUUACAUAAAUUAUGUAUUUGAAAUUAAUAUCAAUUCGAAUAUUUUUUGUGAUAAAUUAGAAAUUUUGUAAUAACUGUCAAUAGUUUUAAGGUAAAAUGAAUAUUUAUUAAAUAUGUUGCUUCUAA